AUAGACGAAAGAUAAGACAAAUGCCUGCACCUGGUAUCGUUAUCGGCUUCCAAACACAUGUCAUAGCCAAACAACCAUUGUACAAGAUCUAUUGUUCCUCACGAAUUUACAACAAUGGAUAUGUUUAUUUUGUUGCUUUAUCUAGUUCAAACAUCAUAAAUAUCAGAGGUUCGCUCAGUCAAUAGAAGACCUGCAUAGAAUACGUAUAGGCUCAGUCAAAUAUUUAUUUUAACACUUUAUAAAACUUUAGUGUAAAAUGAUUAAAUAUCUCGGAUUUUUACUUCUUUUAAACAACAUUUUUACUGAAGAAGAUUACAAUUACAGAUAUGACUAUAGUGAUGACGAUAUCUCAAAUGGAGAUGAUUAUGUGUACAAUAAAACAGAUAAAGCUAGACCUAAAAGAUUAUAUGUUGAUGAUACUAUUAACAACAUAAUUGAUGACGGUCGUGAUUUUGAUGCUAACUAUAUUUCCAAAGAAGGAUAUCAGGAUGAAGUGAACAUACUGGAUGAUACUAUACCCAAAUACCCCAAGAAGCUAUACAAGAGAGACUGCAACUACACGAGUAGUAGUGACGAGAGUAUCCGCAACCCGGAGCCAAACACGAAAGACGACAUAUCCACAUAUCCAUUCGUGGUGUCUGUGCUCCGGAUGGGUUCACACUACGCUACUGGUGUGUUGGUGGAUAAGCGAUGGGUGCUGAGUGCUGCUGGAGUGUUUUACAACGUUCGAGAAUCCAUUAAACUGUACAGGGUACGUCUAGGCUCUGUGAACUGCAAGCGUGGUGGUAUCAUAAUGCCGUUACAACAGAUUGUGAUCCACCCGUCGUAUAUGCCCGGCAGGCCAGAAAGCGACCUGGCAAUGCUGCGGCUAGCGCAGCCGGCGGAUCUCAGUCCUUCCAUCCAUCCCGUUAGCUUCACUGAGAGGAAAGGGAAGGUGGAAAUCAGCAAGUUUUUGACGAUGUACUGGCCGCGGCUGAUUGUGGACGGGAAAGCCCUCCCAGCUGACGCAAAAGAACGACAGCAGCACACCAGCAUGCGGGUGUCGACACAGCGGGUGCUACCGUGGAAGCAGUGCUGGCGUGCUCUUAGCUAUCGCCUACAAGAGCUUACGCAGAACAGCUUCUGUCUGCGGCCUGUGAAGCAGUUCCACACUCUUUGCUUGCCCGACGUCGGUGCACCAGUGCUGUCUUCAGACGGAUUAUGGGGCAUAAUUUCUGGGUGGGUUGGGGAGCCCUGUACCUUCAAAGACCCCUGCCCUGUCGUGGUUGCCCGCAUAUCGCCACCAGCCAUACGAUAUUGGUUAGAGUCUCAGUUUGAACUUGAAGACUAAGACAUUUUUAAGGAAUCUUCUGGAUAUUUCUGGUACUAACAUACUCAUAGCUAUUCUGCAAGAGCUCAAGAUUCGAACUCUGUCGUGGAAGAAUUCUGGCUUUCUUUG